CUUUUCCAGCUUCCCCAUCGGCUAAGUGAUAACAGAAUCAAGAGGAGCUUCAAAGAUUACUUCAUGCAGGCUGUCCAGUGAAGCUGAACCUGUCCUCAUCUCAGGAGAGGUGACAGACAGGGAGCCAGGGCUGUGGCUCCAUACCAGGGUCAGCAUGCUCCAGCUCCCAGCAGUGAGCACUCCCUUGUUUAAAGCCCCCUGAGAACUGCUUGCUGGGUGGGCACAGCAACUCUCUCACUCCCCCCAUAUAGAGCAAUGGGCAAAAUUGGAAAGAUACAAGCAUGAGAAAUAGAGUUGACAUAAAGCCAAGUUACCAGGUAAAUCAGACCUCUGUAGGUCGAAUCACCCUCACACAGGUUUCCCAGAGCAGACUGCAUCUAGGUGGGUUCAGAUAUUUCCCCAUGCUCCAGAUGAGGCCUCCUCAGGGCAGAGCAGUGAGGACGAGCACCUCCCUUGCCCUGCUGGCCUUUCUCCUUCCUUACUCCCGCAUGGUGCCACAUGGCAUUGAAUAUCCCUUCGGUCAGUAAGGGUCAGCUGUCCUGGCUGUGACACCCACUUCCAAGCAGCUCUACGGAGACCUGCACCCAGGACUUGGCACACCAACACCAGAAGAGUGCAGAGGGCACACCCUGCUUGUCCCGACAACGAUGUGUCUCUUAGAUUUGAGUUUCAUUUAUGGAGAAACGAAAGUGCAAAGAGCUCGGCCACUCCCUUGCGCGGCUCUCCCAUUGCACACUACUGGGGAAGUGCAUUCUCAGAGCUGCCAUAUCAGCAGCGGGUCUAGAGGCACCGGGUUGAAGCCAACGCCGUGUCUCCCAGUGGCUGAAGGCAGCGCAGACUCUAAGGGCCCUUUGCUUCUUCCAAGUAAGUGCUGCUGCUUGUAUCUGUAUCUCUGUCAAGGGGUUUGUCUAUGCUUGCUGGGAGAAGGGCAAUGGGAUGGCAUGGGAAUGACCGAUGUGCACAGCAAAGUGGCCCCAUCCCAAAGCUGGUUGCUGUGAGCUGCACGUGGCAUGGAGGACACUCAGCUUUGGUGAUCCUCACCUUGCUGCUCUGCUGACUGCUCUGACCUCACUGCUUUCCUACAGCUCCAUAGACAGGAACCCAAGAACUGCAGUACAGGGCUCUGCAUACUCAAUGGACCAAAACCAGGGUCCUGGCCAUGCUGCUGGUCAAGACCGUUCAAGGAUUUUGGCAAGAAAAGAAGAGAAAGAUAAAUUCCAGUUGCAGAUAAGUGGGAAUCUUUUCAUCAAGCAGUUCCUGGAAUUGCUGACUAGGUGGCAGCCAGCUGAAAACAUCAGAAAGCAAUACAUGGAAAAGGUGCUGCACACAGUGUUCUUCUUUGGAAGGCUGAAUCAGAGGCAGAUGAGACCCAACGAAUUCCUAGACUCCCAAUCUUUCCAGAGACUGCAGGAGAAGUACCCCCGGUCAUUCCAGGAGUACGACACCCACCUGCCCAGCCUGACACCAUACUCCAUUCUGCUGCAGUUUGGCAACGAAGUAGCAGGCUGCAGCACCCAAGAGGAAAUGGAGUCUUUCUUGCAUGAAUUUAAUAGCGCUGUGCAAAUAACAAUAGAGCAUCGAGUACCCAUCCUGAAGCCCAAUGAGUUCAUCUUCAGAGCCACAGUUGUCACUUACAGCUUUUACAGAGAACCCAGAAAACCUAAGAAUGAAGCAGGCUUCCCUCUCUUUUAUGGAGCAUCCCUCUCCUGCAAAGGGCUGAUGGAGAAGAAGAUCAUGAUUAGCAUCCUGUGCCUAAAAAUAUGGCACCGGGCGGUGGCGUUUGCAGUGUAUCAUGGGCAGGAUAAUCUGGCCAUUGUCUUCCCUGAUGGAGUGCAGUGCCAAGCCUUCCGCUAUAGCAAUGGAACCUUCAUAGAAAAGCCACCCUGCGUGAACUGCAGGAUGAUGUACCACGUUGACUUCCAGCCGUAUGAGGGUGACACCAGGGAAAAUGUCCCAUGGCUGCGUGGAAACUGCGCUGAGAAUGAGAGCCUGAGCAAGCUGCUGCAAGGCGUGCUGGGGCUGCAGGAGAGGGUCGUAUCAACAGAUACUUCUAUGAUAAAUAAUUCCCCACAGAACACCUACCAGGCCAUUGAGGAAGAGUUUGAAAACAACAUAGAACCAAAUCUUAGAGAUCAGCUUAUCAGGCUGCUUCAGCACAAAAAUUUUCCUCAUCAUCUGCAGUUUUUUGAACCAUAGUGAGUGACAGAGAGGCAUCUGCAGUGCUGUGUAUCAGCACAACACCCCCAAGCCCGUCUUCCUGCAUACUCCCAUGGAUCACCCCACUGAGCUAUGGAUGCUGCAGGGCAUCUGAGGUCAGAGCAGCUGGGAGCCCCAAGCACCUGCAACCACUCCUGCCCCAGAAGGUACCAGCAUGGGAGGGAUAGAGGGCCGUCUCACUCCACCUUUAUGCUGCCCCCAAACCCAGCUACAUGCUCGUGCCAGCAGGUUCUGCUCAGCCGGGGUGAGGAUGCAGCCUGGUUCCGUGUCCUGACAGCAGCACAAUGAUUUGCCCCUUUGACUCCAGCACACAGAGCUCUGCUUUUCACCUCUGUAAAUAAACAUAUGUCUGAUUUUUGGUUACAUA